AUGAGUGUGAAGGGAGAGCAGGAUGGAGACUGUGAAGCAGGGUAUUCAGAAUUUGAAGACACACUAGUAUUUCAUAUGCAGACACAUACAGGAGAAAAACCUUAUGAAUGUGGCAUUUGUCAUUCAAAAUUUGCUCAGCCAUCACAGCUUAAGAUCCAUACAAGGUCCCAUACAGGGGAAAAGCCAUAUAUUUGUGAGGACUGUGGGGCUUGCUUUGCUGAUAAAGGCAAACUCACCAGCCACAAAAGGACCCAUACAGGAGAACGUCUUUUUAGAUGUGAGGUGUGUGGAAAACACUUUUCUACUAAUGAAUACUUAAAAUGCCACAAGCGAUGCCACAUGGGUGCUAAGCCAUACAAAUGUGAAGUCUGUGGGAAAACAUUUGGUUUGAGAGCCUCCCUAGCCCAGCACAGUAAUGUUCAUGCAGAGACCCGUCCAUACUUCUGUGAACUGUGUGGAAAAUCGUUCACGCAACAAGGUGCUCUGCGGCGGCACCAGCGUAUUCACACCGGGGAAAAGCCGUACAAAUGCAGGGCUUGUGAGAGAAGCUUCACGGAUAUGUCCACCUUACGGAGACAUGUGUUGAUUCAUGACAGGAAUGCUCACUGGAGAAGUUUCUUAAUAGAUCUUACAACCAAAAAAGACCAUAACUGGUCCAAAAUAGAAACAUUAUCAGAAGCCUGUAUGGGUGAAGACUCAGCACCUGAAAUUUGGUCAGUUGACCAAGGUAAACUUUAUAAACCAGAAAGCUUUAUUCUUGAAAAAGUAGAACACAUGCCAUCUAGUGGUAAUAAUUCACAAGACACCGAUCAAUCUCUUUUGUACUUAUAACAUCAGAUUUGCACCAGAAAACU